UGGCAAAGAUGGCCGACGGCACAAACAAGGCUAGCAGUUGACGAACACUAAAUCCUUGGUUUUCAAGGAUGACUACCAGGACUGAAAGACAGUAUUUAACUAGACGCAUUUUUUGUUGUUUAAGACACUAAACAGUAUGGCUAGACCGCCGAUAGAAACGGAUACAAGGCCCACGCGCCUCUACUCGGUGUUGAGAAAUGUCAAAUGGGAGUAUUUGGUGGCUGGAAUAUCUGGCGGAGUUGUUUCCACACUGGUACUUCAUCCUCUGGACUUAGUUAAAAUCAGAUUUCAAGUAAAUGAAGGCUAUGGUGUGACUAAUCGACCAAAGUACAAUGGAAUUGUCCAUGCAUUGCGCAGUAUAGCUAGAAGUAAUGGUUUUGUUGGCCUCUAUCAAGGAGUCACACCCAACAUCUGGGGUGCUGGCAUGUCCUGGGGAUUAUACUUCUUCUUUUACAACUCCAUCAAAAGUAAGAUGAAUGAGGGAGACUCCAAGCGCAACCUUGGACCUGGCUAUCACAUUAUGGCAGCCACUGGCGCAGGAUUCACAACAUUAGUGUUGACCAACCCUAUCUGGGUGACCAAGACCCGCCUGUGUCUGCAGUAUGACAAGCCAGCAGCAUCUAAAUCCAGUGUGCACUAUAAGGGUAUGGUGGAUGCCCUCUUCAAGAUCUAUAAGUUCGAGGGCAUUAGGGGUCUUUACAAGGGUUUUGUACCUGGUGUGUUUGGGAUCUCCCAUGGUGCUCUACAGUUCAUGGCCUACGAGGAAAUGAAGACACUUUACAACACUUACAGGAAUCAAGCCAUUGACACCCGCCUGGGUUCAGCUGAGUAUGUGGUAUUUGCUGCCUUGUCCAAGAUGUUUGCUGCUACCACUACAUAUCCCUACCAAGUCCUCCGGUCUCGCAUACAGGACCAACAUAGAGAGUACGGAAGUAUACGAGAUAUAAUCCGACAGAUAUUCAAGUACGAGGGUAUACGAGGGCUGUAUAAAGGCCUAGGCGUCUAUCUGUGGCACGUCACCCCUAACAUAUGUAUAGUGUUUCUGCUGUACGAAUAUAUCACAAACUUGAAGAGCAACCGUCCCGACAACCACAGCUGAUGGGACCCUGUACAGAGACAUCUCCUCACUGGACUUUGGAUACAAGAAACGUCAACAUGAUUGCCAGCAGAAUUAUUGUAGAGAUUUCAUUCUAAUAGUUACAAGACAUUUGCAGGAAGAAUAGUCUACAUGAGUGUCAGCUACAGGAAUAUAUCAGCUGCAUACGUGGUGGGCAACGUAUUGGCAAUUUCAUGUUUAUGUUCACCAGAAGCUUGAUGAAGAGGUGACAGAAGACUGUUUACAACUUUGAGCCCAGUGAAUCUGAUGGACGUCAAGGAUUCACAGAAUUGAUCAGACUCAGAAAUCCAUAUGUCAAAUGAAAACAAUAUACCUCUACUAUAUAUAAAGUUUGGCAUGUAUGGCGAGUGAAGUGACACUGCACAGCUUGCUGUUAUGUACAGUACAGGGCAGAUGUGUGUUGGCAGCCAUACAUGUACUGUACAAACAACACUCUAUCAUCUGCACACAGUGUACACUGUCGAGCAUGCUUUUAUUCACACUCACACACACACUCACUCAGAGAGAGAGACACAGAGAGAACACACACACAGACACACACACACACACACACACACACACACACACACAGAAACACAUGCUUGCACGCACACACGCGUAAAUGCAUAAAUAGAUUAUGCUGUGCGUUUAGACCAAUGUUGUAGAGGUCAAUUUUGUUUGAUAAUGUCAGCAGUUUUAAUGGGGAAUUCAACCAAUUAUUCUUACAUGUGGUUGUUCUGAGUCACAAUUAUGGCUCUGAAUUGUGCCUGAUAUUGUGCUGAUGAAAAAGGUUGUUAAUUCCGCACAACAUUGUUGUUUGUAACUUGAAGUUUUAACGUUAUGUAUAAUUAAAGGUAUUUAAUGUUCACAAUACAUUGUUAUAAAAUAUAUUCCGAUGCAUUUAUGGAAGUGACUGACAUCAUGUGUUGUUAUAUGUGCAAUUAUGACUUGUUUUUAUCAUGAAUGAUUGUCAAAUGACAGAAUCUCAUGUAAUUUGAUAUACAAGUACAUAUGUUUCACACAUCUUCAUGAUCAUAUCAACAGGACAUACCCAUCAUUAAAUCAUUUUUGUUGUUUAAAGUCAGCAGACCUAGAAUUCAAAAUAUUCAUAUCAGUGCCAUAGAAUAGUCAAAAACAGCUAGCAUUGUUGAUUCGUGUCAAAUAAAAUUUUUUAUGUUAUUGUUUAUAAAUUAUAGACUUUUACUUAAACAGUUGGUUUUGAAUAUGAGGGGUUUGCAAUGGCUGAUAGUGAAUCUGCUUGAUCAGUUUCUUUUGAAGGAGUAAACAAUUAUCAUGAUUGAAUAUAUUUUUAUAUCCCAUCACAGCAAUCAGGUAAACAACACGCUAACUCCAUUUUUACUCUCUUUUCUGAUUGUGUCAUAUGUGGGUGGAAUCUCUUCAAAAAUAUUAGAAGGUGUGACUUUGCAGAAAGAAUUAAGAUACUACUCAGCAGAAGGCCCAUGAUAGGAAGGUAGUGUCUUGCUGUACCAACCAGCCAGGACACUGGGUGUUCUUUAUAAUCUUCUGAGUAGUAUAUUGCAUUGUUCAAUGUGUUAUUGGGGAGGUGUCAACCAGGAACUAUAGAAGCUGUUUACAAGCUACUAAUCUACAGAAACUACCUGCAAUAGUAAUCUCAGAUUAUCACAGUUUAUCCUUGUGUACAAUGACAAAUCUGCAUGUAACACGUUGGCCUGCUAUGUAAACCCUGUACAGGUAAUGGAGACACACAUAUUACAUUAUCAUAGUUUCUUGUUAGGAAAUUGUAUUUUCCAUUGUUCAGGUGAUCACGAUUGGAAAUUAAGUGGACGUGCAGAUUACGCAUGUCUCUCUGAAUAUGUGGGUGUUUGCGAUCAUGGUGUAAUGUUAGAACUAAUACCACUAGUGUAUGUAUUAUGUCUCGUUUAGACCAGGUAACUGGUGUUCUGCAGCAAAUCUUGUGAAGUUACAUUGCUUGAUGACAAUAUUGUAUCUGAUUUAGAUAUCUGUAGAUUAUUGUCCAUAUUCUGUUUAUAUCAAUGGUUACCAUGCUGAUAUUAUAUUUAUCUCACAUAUGCAGCAUUAUUUGUACCAGUAUACCAAAGAGCAUAUAGUGAUGUACUCAUUGAUCUCAAUACAUUCCUGUCUCAGCUUCUGUCCUCACAAUCCCCCUGGCUCAGCUCUUUCACAUGCAAGUCUGUUUCAAGAUAAACAUAUUGUGCAUGCCGUAAACAUGUUUUUAACAUAAUCACGUUUCUUUUUCAAUUUCAUCCAAAACUGAACAUGUUCAAUAUAAGUAUUCAUAACUGUAUAGCUGAUAGCAGUGCCAUCGGCUCAGUCUUGCUUGAUUGGAAAUUACACGUGGGUGGCACAGCAAUUGGAAUUCAAACUAUUAAAAUGACAUUUUAGAAUCUCAUAUUUACUGUAUUGCAAGGACACUCUUUCUCUAAGACGGGUAAUUGUGAAAAGAAGAAUAUCAACAAACUCUGGUGCUAUAGUCACAAUAUGGCUGAAAUAUUGCCACGUGACUUAGUAGUGUAACUCACUCCUUCCUACUGUAUCAUGUGGAGUUAAUGCCUGAGUAUGUGAUCUGUGGUGGGUAGGUAGCCUGGGCCCUGUUUCACCAAACUGUCUUGGUGUUACGACUGUCGUACCUCCUAUACUGUAACAGACUAGUUGUAGCACUAUGAUAGCUUUGUGAAACAGGGUCCUGGUUGAGUGUUCACCCAUACAGCUGAGUACGUAGGUUUGUCUUCCUUCCAUGAUGUGGCUGUGAUGCUGCAGAAACGGGCAUUAACAAAGUUAUGUUUUUCCUUUUGAUAAGACAUCAAGUGCUGACAUCCUUAAUUAGCAAUGCUGGUAUGCAUUGAAAUUGAAGUUUCAUUGUGCUCUGGUUGAGUCAAUCAUGUUAUUUUCUUGAAACAUUGUUUGUAAUUAUUCAGUAUUUGAAAUUAAACGCACAUGUUCAUGGGUCUUUGUCACAACCUUACAUUAAACAUCAGAGAUUGAGGGGCCUGUAGGUACACAAGGGGUCAGGGACCCCAGGACACUCUUUAGUUUUGAACAAUAUUUCUGACCAGGAAAGGUGAGCUUCGGAGCCUGGGACAUUGGCUUAUUUCAGUUGUUAAAUGUAUAGUUUAUCCCGUAGGAGUUAGGGUGUGUUUCUUUGUUAAAUGUAUAGUUUAUCCUCUAGGAGUUAGGGUGUGUUUCUUUGUUAAAUGUAUAGUUUAUCCUCUAGGAGGCUUGCUUUGUUAAAUGUAUAGUUUAUCCUCUAGGAGUUAGCCUGUGUUUUUUUCAGUUGCAGUUGUAAUGUGUCUUUAAUAUGUGUAGUAUUCAGGUGAUGUGAUUGAAAUGUGUACAUAUGUACAUAAGGAGCAGAUGGAAUUAAAUUACAUGUGGCGAUGA